AUGUCUCAUCUCCACAUACCCAUUCUUCCAUCCAAACACACACACAUGGAAAUGGAAUCUGGUAUGGUGGUUCUGUAUCCUUCUCCGGGGAUAGGCCACCUGGUUUCCAUGGUGGAGCUCGGAAAACUCAUCCACACCCACCACCCUUCACUCUCUGUUGCCAUCUUCAUAACUCCGGCACCUUUUGAAACCGGCUCCACGGAUAAAUAUAUAAAAACCGUCUCCGUCACCAACCCUUCCAUAACGUUCCACAAGCUCCCCACCGCCGAUCUUCCACCGGACUUCUCUACUGAAUUCAUAGACCUUGCUUUUGGGAUCCCGGAGUUUAACAACCCAAUCGUCCACGACACCCUCGUAACGUUAUCGGAAAAGGCAACCAUUAAAGCUGUGGUCCUUGAUUUCUUUUCAAACGCAGCUUUUCAAAUUUCCACAAGUCUCAAGAUACCCACUUACUUUUUCUACACCAGCGGGGCUUCCGGCCUCUGUGCGUUCUUAUAUCUCGCCACCAUCGAUAAGACCACUUCCGACAGCUUUAAAGAUGUAAACAUUUUCUUUGAUAUUCCUGGUGUGCCUCCUGUCCAUUCUUCCCAUAUGCCAAUGGUUUGGUCUGAUAGGGAAACCAACUCGUAUAAAAAGUUCAUAGACACUGCGAAUAACAUGGCAAAAUCUUCCGGAAUCAUGGCAAACACCUUCGUGGGGUUUGAAGAAAGGGCUGUUGACGCGCUCCGGGAAGGUAAAUGCAUCCCCAACGGUCCAACUCCGCCUAUUUAUUUCAUCGGACCUUUGAUCGCCGGUGGCAAUCAUGUGGAUCCUAGCGAAAACGAGUGCUUAAAAUGGUUGAAUUCACAACCGAGUAAAAGUGUAGUGUUUUUAUGCUUUGGGAGUCAGGGUGUGUUGAAGAAGGAGCAGUUGAAGGAAAUAGCUAUUGGUUUAGAGAAAAGUGAGCAAAGAUUCUUGUGGGUGGUUCGAGAUCCGCCACCAGAUGACAAAAAAACCGACUCGAAUUCCGGUGGUGGUAAAGAAGUCGGUCUGGAUGCGAUUCUUCCGGAUGGGUUUAAGGGCAGGAUUGGGGAUAAGGGGAUGGUGGUGAAGAAUUGGGCACCACAGCCGGCGAUACUUAGUCAUGAGUCGGUGGGUGGAUUUGUGAGUCAUUGUGGGUGGAACUCGGUGCUUGAAGCGGUGGUAGCUGGGGUGCCACUGGUGGCAUGGCCAUUGUAUGCGGAACAGAAGAUGAAUCGAGUGUAUUUGGUUGAAGAAAUAAAGGUAGCACUGGCGGUGGAUAUGUCGUCGGAUGAUUUUGUGACGGCGGAGUCUCUAGAGAAGAGUGUGAGGGAGUUGAUGCAGGGUGAGAGAGGGGCAGCGGUGAGAGAAGGGAUUUUAGAGAUGAGAGAAAGGGCAAAGGCUGCGGUGGAGGACGGCGGCUCCUCCGAAGUUGAGUUCUCUAAACUAAUCCGGUCGUGGACAGACCUGUAA